AUGAUCAGGGGUUCCCUUAAACAUAUUGGUUUAAGGACAGCAAGUGAUGGAGAUGCAAUCUCUGUGUUUGGUUCUAAUCAUAUUUGGAUCGACCAUUGUUCAUUGUCAAGAUGUCCCGAUGGCCUCAUUGAUGUCAUCAUGGCUUCAACUGCUAUUACCAUCCCCAACCGCAAAUUCAAUCAUCACAAUGACGUGAUGCUAUUGGGAGCAGAUGAUGGAUAUGGUGAAGAUAAGAUCAUUCAAGCCACAGUUGCAUUCAACCGGUUCGGAAAAGGUUUGAUUCAAAUAAUGCCAAGGAGCCGAUGGGAUUUCUUCCAUGUUGGCAACUACGAUUACUCCCACUACCAACUAUACGCCAUUGGUGGCAAUGCAAACUCCACCAUUAUUAGACAGGACAACAGGUUCAAAGCCCUGUACUUGCUUAAAGUUAAACUUCACAAGUUUCUAAUAACUGAUUUAUAA